AUGAAGUCAUACAUACAGCUUCUCCCUAUUUCUACAUUGCAAGAUCCCGAAAAAGAAAUUGUGAAACCUGCCAUUGAACUCACACGGGCUGUCAUUUUGGCUGCUCUCAAAAACAAUGUCAGACGUGUGGUGGUCACUAGUUCUGGUGGUGCUAUAUUUUCCUUUCCAAUUCCAGAGAAUAAGGUCUUUACCGCUCAAGAUUGGAACAUGCAAAGCUCUCUCAGCAAUAAUCCAUACUUUUAUUCAAAGAGACUUGCUGAGGAAGAAGCUUGGAAAUUGUAUCAGGAGAAUAAGGAAAAGUUUGAACUUGUUGUUGUGAAUCCUGUCUAUGUAUUGGGUCCUUUACAAUCAUCGAAUAUUAACACUUCUGUUUCCAAUGUGAAAAAGUAUCUUUUGGGAGAACAUGAAAGCAUUCAAGCUGGAUCUAUUGCUGUUGUGGAUGUACGUGAUGUUGCUAUCGCACACGUAUUACCUUCUGAGAAAGAAGAGGCUGUUGGAAAGAGAUUGAUUUGUUGUGGAUCCACAAGAGCAAUGUCAGACAUUCCAAAAACCAUUAAGGAACAUUAUCCUCAAUAUCCAGUGAGUAAAUACACAGAAUUUCCUGCUGGCGUAAAGUAUAGUAUGGAUACACAACCAUUGAAGGAACUUGGUUUAACUGAAUAUCGCCCAUUUGAGGAAACUAUUAAGGACACUGUUCAAUCAUUGAUUGAUUUUGGUUUAGUUGAAAAGAAGUAG